UAAAGACUAACAUAAAUAGAUCUGUAUCAACAUCAUGAACAUGGCAUCCAAUGCAGAUGAUUCUAGCAAACCUCAGUUCAUUUUACAAAGUCAGAUUUCUCUUGAUAGUCAGGUGCCGCAGGAUAAAUCCGCAGGAGUUCCUCUUGGCGACUUCGUUUUACAAUUAGAAGAUUAUGCUCCUACGAUACCAGAUUCAGUCACCGGCUAUUAUUUAAAUAGAGCAGGCUUUGAUUCUAGUGACCCAAGAAUAACAAGAUUAAUCUCUCUUGCUGCUCAAAAGUUCAUCUCUGAUAUAGCCAAUGAUGCACUGCAACAUUCUAAAAUGAGAGCCUCAGGACAGAGUGCUAAAAAACAGGGGAAGGACAAGAAAAUGACUUUACAAAUGGAAGAUCUGACUCCUGCUCUUGCAGAGUAUGGAAUCAAUGUCAAAAAACCAAUUUAUUUUGUAUAAAUUUCAAGCCAGCAUUUUUAGAGGCAGCAUAUGUUGUUUAUUUGUUUAUUAGUAUUAAUUAAAGCAUAAAAUGCUCACAAAACAGUAAUAAGGAUUUUCAAAGGUAAUUGUUGUGUUAGCCCAAUGGUUAACAUUAAAACUGACUAAAUUAAUCAGAAGGACAUGUGAACAAAAGCUUUUGUUUAGAUAGGUGAAAUAGCUUGCUCUAAAUUAUAUUAGAUUCCACAAUGUCAGAAUUGGAAAGAAAAUAAUGUGUUGUUGUUUUUUUUUGUAUGCAGUAGAUAUUUUAAGUACCAUUAUCUUUUUCUUAUAGCCUUCUUUUUUAGAGAAGAAAAUUCCAGAUCUGACCAACUUUGAAGUAUCAAUACUGUUAGUUUAAAUUAUACUUUUGUUACAAGAAUUUUUUUUUUUUUUGGAAAUUUUAUAAUUAAUUUUGAUGGCUAAAAAAAAAAAGAAGAUAACUAUCAUAUUUACCACUUUAUAGUAACAUUCUGAGUAGCAACAAUGUAUUUUGAAUUGGAAUGUCAAAUAUUGGAAGCUUUGUAAAGGCAGUGAAUGAUUCAAAAUAAAGGUGUGUUUGUUAUGUUAAUGUGAAAAGGCUACUUGAUUUCAAAUGCACUGAUAUAAUUGAGUUUCAUUUUGUCUAAAUUGUUUUGCAUUAGAUGACAAUGCACAAGUUAUUAGAUAUAUUGUCCUGUAAAUAUUUGAUGUCUUCUAGAUACACGAUGUAUUAUGCAUAUUUUGGAUUUCACUCAUCUUGCUUUUGAUAUGGUAGAUUUGUAUUAAAACUUAGGCACUGUGUAUCAUUGGAUAAGAUUGGAUUACAGUUGUCAUCUGUUUGUGUAUAGAUAUUGUUUUUUUUUUUUUUUUUUUUGGCACAAACAUUAAAUAGCUGAAUUUUGUAGAAAAGAAAAUGACAAGCUCUACAUUUUUUGCCUUGAUAAAAUAAACAAACUUUUUCAUUAAGUCAGAUUUGUCUAUGUUUUACCAUGCAUACAUUUGUAUCAAAGUUCUGCUAGUAACUCAUUUAGUAAGAAUAUUUGGUUUGAAUUUCAUUCAAGUAUUUUUCUUUUAAUGACUGGUAUUUUAAAUAUAUUAUGUUAAAUAUUUUAAGAAGCUUUUCUUGUUUUCUUUUUGGAACUUUUCCUGGUAAUUUUAUUUUGCUUCUUUUGUAAAUAAAAAUUGAUUGAUUUGA